GAAUCAGAGGUUAAGUGGAUACAGCUGGCCUCCUACCUGUCUCCAUCUGGUUGGUAAAAAGGGUUUAGGAGAUUCUCUAGAGGAAUUCCCAAUUAUUGCGUGGAACCCAAGACUCAAGACUUGUCUCUUGUGCCAGUGAGGAUGUGACCAUAGAUGAUACUGAAGACAACCCAGGACAAUGCCACUGGUCAAGAGGAACAUUGAGCCCAGGCACUUGUGCCGAGGUGCCCUGCCUGAUGGGGUCACCAGCGAGCUGGAAUGUGUCACCAACAGCACCCUAGCUGCCAUCAUCAAGCAGCUGGGCAGCCUCAGCAGACAUGCAGAGGACAUCUUUGGGGAGCUGUUCAAUGAAGCCAACAGUUUCUACAUGCGAAUGAACUCACUGCAGGAAAGGGUGGACCUCUUGGUGAUUAAGGUCACGCAGUUGGACUCCACCGUGGAGGAAGUGUCCCUGCAGGAUAUCAACAUGAGGAAGGCUUUCCGGAGCUCCACAAUCCAGAAUCAGCAGGUGGUAUCACGUAACUCCAUCCCCAACCCCGUGAUGGAGAUGUACCAGCGGUGUGACAAGCCCCCACCACUCAACAUCCUCACGGCCUACAGAGAUGACAAGAAAGAUGGCCUUAAAUUCUAUACUGACCCAUCAUAUUUCUUCAACUUGUGGAAAGAGAAAAUGCUUCAGGCCACUGAGGAUAAGAGGAAGGAGAAACGAAGGCAGAAGGAACAGCGACUGGUGGAGGACUCCACCAGGGAGGUGAAGAAAGUGCGGAAGGCACGGAAUCGGCGGAUGGAGUGGAGCAUGAUGGCAUAUGACAAAGAGUUUCGGCCUGAUAACAGAUUCUCGCCAUCUCCGUAUCACAUGGCCUCCUCAGAAGGAUCUCUCUCCCCAGAUAAUAGGUCUUACGCAUCAGACAUCGGUGAUCACUCCUACCCAGCCAGCCCCAACCAUCCAGCCCAGCAGGUGUUGGCACCCACUCCUCAUCUGCCCGUGGAACACAAGGAGAUCAUCCUGGCUCCCAGCCAGCUCCCCGAGCUGACCUACCGGCCCACAGCCCCAGGCAGUCGACAGAACAGCAUUGGCCGAAUCCAACAGCCUCAUGUGCCGCAGCCUCCAGAUCCAAUAUUGAAUGGACCCAGGCCUCAACUGAUCAAGGACUACGGGUCCCAGCCAGUGCCCAUGGCCGAUUUCUUUGUACCGCCUGCUCCACCACCCCCACCUCCAGUGAUCCCUUCAGCCCAGACAGCUUUCGACAGCCCCAUCUCUGCCCCGCCUGCACUUGCACCCGCUGCCACUGCCACCUUGGCCCACCCUGCCUAUACACCCUCCCCACCCCCAGCCCCACCCUGUCCAUACUCUGUCUCUCCCCCGCAGACUGGCCCCAUGGGACCUCCUGCAGCUCCUCCUCCACCCCCUCCUGGCCCCCCAAUGGCCACGGCCUCCCCGGCCCACUCAGCCUCCCCGGGUGCUGUAUUAUCUGAACCACGGAAACCUCAGAUCCCGUUGAUACCAAUGAGUGAUGCCAGAAGUGAUCUUCUUGCUGCCAUUCGGAGGGGCAUCCAGCUUCGGAAGGUGCAGGAGCAGUGGGAGCAGGAGGCCAAGAAGGAGCCUGUGGGCAAUGACGUGGCCACCAUUCUCUCCCGGCGCAUCGCAGUAGAGUACAGUGAGUCAGAUGAUGACUCUGAGCUGGAUGACAAUGAGUGGUCAGACUAA